AUGGCUCGUCCUGUAAUGUUUCCCCAAGAUGCUAUGGACUUGAUUGAAGGUCUCCUCUUGACUCUUUUCGCUUUUUUGAUAAUGGGCACACUGUUGAUGUGCAUGGCCCGAACUAAGAGGCCCAGAUCCGACAACCCUCAACCCGAAAGGGCAAGCGAGAACCAAAGUGAGCAAAGGAAGAAGGCAAAGCUUGAGGCACGAAUGAAAUUGAUCCAUGAGAAAAAUGUGACAUGUGAAAGGCACCUUGAUCACAUUUCCCUUACUCCAAGGAACGAAGUUGUUCAAAUCAUUGAGGCACAUGGUAUGAAAUUCUGGUUUGAACCAGUUAAUGGUUUGAACUUGUCAAUGUGUAGAGAGUUCUAUCAAACUCUUAGGGUGGCGGACGUGAAUGAGGUGGAAGUGUUGAAAAUGAAUGUUCGGG